AUGUGGCGGGCCAAAGCUGGCCCUCGGGCCCGGGUUCGUCACCUACUUCAGCUGAAGCCUCAGUGUUCCAAACCCCUAGGGUUUUCCAGAAUGGCCGGCAAAGGGAAGGGCAAAGGCAAAGGAAAGGGUAAAGGCAAAGCUAAGGCGGCGGAAGUCGACGAAAACACGCCACUGACCGAGUUGACGGAGCAACAGCUGACGGAGCGCGUUGCUAAGAUUACGGAGGAGCUGCGCCGCAUCCAAGAGGAGAAGAAGAACUUCCAACUAAUGAGGGACCAGGUUAAGGCCUUCUGGGAGAUCUCCAAACAGAAACUGCAAGAUGUAAAGGACAAGAUACGCGAAGGUAGCAUUGUGCGCGAUGAGGCCAAGAUGCGUCACCGCAUGAAGGUAGCCCAGUACCAGCAAAAAGUCCGGCACUUGGAGUCAGAGUGCCACACCAAUGUCUCACAACUGAAGCUAGACAAGACCAGCUUCUCUACUGUCAACGACAACAACCGCUUUGAGAUGGAGCAAGGGGCGCUGAACGAGAUCCGUCGCCUACAAGUUGACCUUAGCGAGAAAGAGCUGUACAGCCAAAACCACAUCGAGCAGCUCAAGUUUGAGCAGGCCUCCAAGAUGGUGGACAUCAUGGUCCCGCACGACUGGAGAACAGUGGAGCUGGAAGCAAAGCACAAUGCCAAGAUUCUACCGAUGAUCGAGGCAUCGGAGAUGAAGCUAGAGGCCGAGAUCAACAUCCUGGACACCCAGAUGCAAAUUCGUCUGGAGACGCUGAAAAAAGAACACGAUGGAGCCUUCCGCCUUGCGCUAAAGCGGAGCUGGGAGUUCUACCAAGCCCACAUGGAGGAGAUCUCGCUCCUGGAGAAACAGCUCACCACGCUCAUGUGCCAAGGUGUAGUGAAGCAGCUGUCGUCCAUCCAAAAGCAGCCGUCAUGCCCGCAGAAAAACCUCCAGCAGGACAAGGAGAACCUGCAGGAGCUCUACAGUCAGCUGGAGAAGCACAAUGAGGACAAGGCACAGCGCGAGGCCAGUGACGCUCGCCUCAGGGUCCUGGAGGACGAGCUUGAAGAUUUGUCCAUUAAUCACAGCAUCCUCGUGCGGGAGCUGGAGAACAAAGAGCUGGAGUAUGAAGCUCUGCUUAAGAGCCAGGCGGCAGGUCUUCUGGCUGCCCAGAAUAUCAACGGAGUACGGACGAACCAGCUGAAGCUCCAGCUGCAAGUCGCUUCUGAAACGCUAGAGAAGCUGGAGAAGAGCCUCAGCGCGUAA